AUGGCUCCCAAGCGCCGUCGCGAAGGCUACAAUAUCGACGUGAAGCUGGUGGAGCUCUACGAAGACCUCGCCAGCGAAAAGGACGAGAUCAGACUCAAGGCCGCCCAAGGUCUCGUCUCAGAAUUCACUCCGGACAAGAACCCCGCCGAUGAGCAGAUUCAAAAGGUCCUUCGAAGACUCUUCCGCGGUCUCUGCAGUAGCCGCAAAGCAGCGCGUAUCGGCUUCUCAAUCGCCUUGACAGAGAUCCUGACCCAGGUCUUCUCUACACCAAGAGAGACAUCCCGAUUUGGGUUUUCGGACGCUCUGAGUCUCUGGGAGAACCAGUCCAACUCGACCGGCAGCGAGUCGGGUCAGGAACAACGCGACCACCAUUUCGGACGUCUAUUUGGCGCUGAAGCAAUAAUCAAAUCUGGCGUCCUGUUCCAGUCCACCGUGCCCUUCGAGCAAUGGACCCAAGUCCUCGACCUUAUUUUCGAGCUCGCCCAGAAGAAGCCCUGGAUCCGAGAAGAAUGCGGAUGGAUCAUCUACCAGUGUGUUUAUGAUUUGGCCUCGCGAAAGAUGGAUACCAAGUAUAUUGAGUCUGCACUGGAACGCUUGUGCUCGUAUGAGAUUGCCCGGUCGCCUGAAGGUAUUGCUAUCUGGUUGGCAGCGAAGGAUCUGUUCCCCAAGGCUAGCUUCCCGAGCAAGGUCUGGAAGCACGAUGACCCGCUGGACACCAAGGAGCGCAGCAGUCUGUCUAAGAUUAUGAAGGAGUCUGGAGCCGCGAACAGUGAGGGCGAGAACAAGAACUCCGCGAAGUCGUCUGGUGUCUGGAACUCCAAGCUUCACUUUGCUUGGGAUGCUGUUCUUUCUCGGACCAGUCUUGAGAAGGAAGAGAAGUCGAAGAAGGCUCGUUUGAGCUUUGCUGACUUCUGGACAGAGGUUGUGGACAACGGACUCUUUGCUUCCGCGUCCUCGGAGGAGCGCAAGUACUGGGGUUUCCUGCUCUUCGUUCGGGUCAUCAACGAUGGUGGUCCCCAGCAGGCCUCUCACGUCUUUACCAAGAACCUCAUGCGCUGCCUCACCAACCAAAUGGCUGUAGAGGACCGAUACCUGCACCGCAUGGCAGUCAAGGCCGCCAAGGCUAUUCAGGCCCGUGUCUCCAAAGAGCCCGAAUUUGCGGCCGUCGCAAUCCGCGGUUUGAUGGGAACCAGUGGCACACUCAACUUCGACCAAGCGACCAAAACCAAGACCGUUGAGAAGAUUGUGGCCGAAGCCAACCACGAGGCCCUCGAGGAGAUCGUCCCCUUCUUCGAGCAACUCAUUCAGAAGCCGGGAACCACCGACGAGAAGACUGCUGCUUCUAAUCGCCAAUUCGUCGCCGGUCUCCUCCUCUCCAUCGUGCGCUCCAAGGCAUCCGCCAACGAAGACGAUGCAGAGGACCUCCAGACUAGCCUUGAGCAGCUAUUGUCUAUUUUCGUGCGCUUCGCGUACUUCAUGGAUACUGGCAAGGGAUCUUCCGCCCCCGAGCCGCCUCUUUCACAGGCCACACAGGAGCUGCUGCGCAACCGCAUUAACUCUUGCUUGAACAGCCUUAUCUCCAACCAGAAGUUCGCUGCUACUCUCCCAUACGUGGUUGUGAAGCAGAUCCGCGAUGCUGCCAAGUCUGGCGAGCACGGAAAGUUCAUCAUUGAUAUCGAUGAUAAGCUGCAGGACUCUGUGAAAGCUGCCUUCAAGUCUCUGAAGAAGCUGUCUGGCAAGGAGAAGAAGGAGAAGGGCAUGGCUGCUUUCAAGCUGCUCUACUCUAUGACCAUCAUGCAGGUCUACAAUGGUGACGCCGACGCAGUGUCUAUGCUUGAUGAGUUGGAGUUCUGCUCCACCAAGUUCCUUGGCGACAAGGAAAGCAAGAAGCAAGACACCGGCGACGCCUCCGACGCGCUUGUUGAGAUUUUGCUCAGUUUCGCUUCUAAGCAGUCACAGUUGUUCCGCCGUAUGAGUGAGCAGGUGUUCAGUGCGUUUGCUAACCAGAUCACCGAGAACGGAUUAGAGUCUUUGAUUUCGAUCCUGGAAGCCAAGGAGAGUCUGGCUGGACAGCAAGAGAUGUUCGAAGAGCAAGAUGAAUCCGGCGAAGAAGAAGGCGAAGAAGGCUCCGACGCAGAGAUGAUGGACGUCGACGAUCUCGACAGCGAUGUCGAAGUCGUCGAAGCAGGGGAAGGCUCCGACUCGGACUCCGACUUGGAAGAAGAAGAGGACGCAAAUGAAGACGACGCCCUAGAAGUCGCCGCCUUCGAAGCCAAGCUUGCGGCAGCCCUAGGCACACACCGAGCCGACGAAGACCUCAACGCUGCCGAAUCCGACUCAGACGCUGACAUGAACGACGACGAGAUGGACGAACUAGACGACAAACUAGUCCAAGUAUUCCGCGCCCGCCGCCAAGAAACCUCCCACCGCAAAGACAAGAAGGACGCCCGCGAAAACAUGGUCAACUUCAAGAACCGCGUGCUGGACCUCCUCGAGAUUUUCGUCAAGAAGAGCCACUCCCGCCUCCUCACCCUCGACCUUCUCCUCCCCCUUCUCCGCCUCUCCCGCCGCUCAACCGUCAAGCAAAUCGCUACAAAGGCCAACAAUGUCCUGCGCGAGUACACAAAGGUCUGCAAGGGCAACUCCCUCCCCAAGAUCGAAGACGAUGCCCAGACAGAGGCGUUGUGGGAACUUCUCCGCUCUGUGCACAAGGAGGCUGGACAUAGUGGCCCUAUGGGCCAUGCUACGGCUUGUAGCCAGGCUUCUUUGCUCGUCGUUAAGAUUCUCGUUGCGCAGGAUAAGAGUGCUAUCGAGGGUGUUGUGGAUGUCUAUGCCCAGACACGCAAGGAUCAGCUUGUUAGCACCAAGUGUCAUGUGCAGCCGUCUUUCUUCUCUGAGUGGAAUAACUGGUGUGUUUCUGCUAGUAAGCAAUUGAAGUGA